AUGUCAAAGAUCGCACAAACCCCUGCCCCGAUCGACACCGCUGUCACGGCAAAACAAGCAGAUUCCGCUUCCAAGCGCUUGGCAUCCCACUUUUAUCAUCAGCCAAUCAGAACCAAGGCGCAAAUCCUCUUGUCUGCUCGGCCUCGGCCCGGACGGAACGUGGAAACCGGCACGGCACCGCAAUUCAACCAAACACCAACCCUUAAUCAAGCCAACCUUUUUCCUCCGUGUCACCUCCGCCGAUCGCCGAGAUCACAACCGCAACCACACAUCCCGAAAAUGGUCCCGAGAAUACACACCUACCGUCCGCUCCUGCGGCUUGCCCACCGGCAAAACCCCGCCCAACCCCGACCAAACCUCAUCGCCGCCGUCGCGUUCUCAAUCUCCCGGUCGACCCGGAACCUACCACCACCACCACCACCACCCUCACAAACCCCUUCCGAACCCCUCCAGGAAACCAUCCACAUCAGCGACGCUUCCCCUCCCCCUCCCCCAGAGUCUCUCAUCACCAAAACCAUCCCCAACCGCCGCCCCAACCGCCGCCGUCUGAUCUCCCGCCUCCUCUUCGCCGGCACCUUCCUCCUCCUCGGCACAAUCGGCGGCUCAACCCUCCGCCUCUUCAUCUCCCCCCCGACCCCUCCCACCCCCGACACCGACCAAGACAAAUACGUCAUCUCCGACCUCCACUCCCAAGCCUCCCGCCUCCCCAUCGUCCAGCAACUCUCCUCCGACCCAGCCUGGACCAGCUGGGAAGCCUACAACACCCUCCCCCCCUCCCACCGCGCCCAGCACAUAACAGCACACACCCUCCGCGGCUCCCGCGGCGUGGGCGGCUACCAGCGCAUCUUCCACAACGCCUCCACCGGCGAGCUCGUCUCGGUGAUCUUCUUCGGUCCGGCCACCAUCGGCUGGCCGGGUGUUGUUCACGGGGGGUGUUUAGCCACCAUUCUGGAUGAGAGCUGCGGUAGGGCGGCGUUUAAGCAAUGGGGUGGGCUGGCGGGUGUGACCGCCAAGCUGAAUAUCGAAUACAAAAAGGCGACGUUGGCGAAUGGGUUCUAUAUCAUAAGAAUAAGACCAAGGACGGAGGAGGAGUUGCCUGAACGUGAGAGGGGGAAGAGGCAUUACAAGAGCUGGGUGGACGCGGUGAUUGAGGAGCCGGCUACGGGGCAUGUGACGGUGAAGGCGGAGGCGUUGUUUGUAGGGGGGAAGGGGAAUGGGAAGGGGGAGGGUAAGAAGAAGUUUAGUUGGGGGGGAAAGGUGCAGGAUGCGCAUGCCGAGUUUUGA